AUUGCACAAAUUUCUUAUAUUUCAGGUAAAUUAUGUAAUAAAUAGUAAAUUUCAUAAAUAAAAAAACAAAUACGUAGUUGACAAAAACUCGUAAUAUUUAACAUUUUACGGAACAAUGAGCAAGAAAAAGGUAGCCUACAUUACUUCACCGAGUUAUGUUGCACUGUGCAAUCAACAUCCAAAGACUAAAAACAGAGCUGUGGUGGUGGAUUCGCUAAUUAAAGCAUACAAUUUACUUAAUGAAGUCUUUGUUGUGGCACCUACACCUGUCUUACGGGAGGAUUUAAUGCUAUUCCACUCAGAAGACUACGUUAACUGUCUUGAAAAAAUUCAAAACAUUUUAGAAUGUGAAAUGAUUGAUCACAAUAAAAAUGAAGAUUCCUGUGAAGAAACCUUUGAUCUAGAUGAGUUGGAGGAAGAAUUUCAAAUAAGUGACUAUGGAUUUGGCUAUGACUGCCCUGUUUUUAAAAGAAUGUUUGAUUAUGCAAAGAUGGUGGUGGGAGCUACUGUUACAGCUGCUGAUAUAUUAAUUAAUGGUGAGGCAGAUGUUGCCAUUAACUUACAUGGUGGUUGGCAUCAUGCACAUGUUGAUGAAGCAGCUGGCUUUUGUUAUGUAAAUGAUAUAGUUAUUGGUGUAUUAAAAUUAACAAGUAGGUUUAAAAGAGUUUUGUACAUUGAUCUGGAUGUUCAUCAUGGUGACGGAGUUGAGGAAGCUUUUCGAUACUCUAAGAACGUGUUAACGUUUUCUUUACAUAAACAUUCAAAUGGCUACUUUCCGGGGACAGGUGCCAAACAAGACGUAGGAAAAGGCAGUGGUAAAUAUUUUUCUGUAAAUGUUCCAUUAAAAGAUGGUAUUGAUGACAUUAUGUAUUACUUUGUUUUUCAUAAGCUCUUUAACCAAGUUGUUUUGUCUUUCGAGCCUGAUGUUUUUGUUGUGCAGUGUGGUGCAGACUCAUUGUCCCUCGAUCCUCUUGGUGGUUUUAAUUUGACAAGCCAAGGUAUUAUUGGCUGCGUGAAAGAUAUCUGUGCAUGCAAUAAACCUGUCAUGAUAUUAGGAGGUGGUGGAUAUAAUCUUGCAAACACUUCAAGAUGCUGGACUCAACUUACUGCAAUGGUUGUUGGGAAAGAAAUAUCUGGGGAUAUACCUGAUCAUGAUUACAUGGAACAUUAUGGUCCUGAUUUUAGUGUUUAUGUUGCUAGUAGUAACAGAAAGAAUGAAAACACUGAUGCCUAUAUUGAAGACUUAUUGGAGCAUGUAACUACAAAUAUCAUAAAAAUGAAAAUAAAAAAAGAAAACAGUAGUAAAACAAUUGAUAACAAAGAAAAUGUCACAUUAAAAAGUGGAACUGAGAAGGACUUUGUUACUGACAAACUGGUAAAAAAGCAGACCUUGAUGGAAAAGAAUUGUUAACAUGCUUUAAAACGUGUCUUUUUGAAUGGUUCGAAGUGCAUAGUCUUUUUGAUCACGCGACUGAAUUGAAAAGAAUUUAAGAUACCUACAAAUAUUUUAGAUCUAGUUUUGUUCAUUACGAAAAAGUGUUAUUUUUAAACUGAUGUACUUGUAAUACUUUUUAUGUCAAAUUUAGUCAUUGUUUUUAGUAUUUGCUCUCAUUAAAACAAAAUUUAUAGAAAACUAUCAUUUUCAAGAAUAUUUUUGAUCUAAAACGA